GUGUAGGUACAAAAUGGAUGAAAGAAAAGCUGUGAGAUGUUGAGGGGAAGAAAAGUGACCAACCCCACUGUGUCAGCAGCAGGGGGUGGAUCCCACAGGCAGGAUGGUGAUCGAGAUCUCAAUCGAGCCUGGAACAACAUCCACAAAGUCAAGACAGAGUUACGGAAGAUUGAGCACAGACUAGGCGAGAGCGAGCACCGAGCUGUUCUGAAUGAGAUAUACGAGACCAGCAUUACCGAUUACUCGCCACGCACUGAUCUGAAUUUAACUUAUGAUGCAACAGAUUCUGGGAGAGGCGCUUUUGUUGACCGACAUGGAUGGACUUCUAGUGCUAGGAAUAAAUCUCAUCCCAACAGCAGAAAGGUUUCGAGGCUAGAAGACAAGUACCAAGAGAUGGAUGGGGCUGGUGCCAGGAGUAAAAUGGACAAAAAUGAUGGCAAAGGGACCACCCAUGGAAAGCCGGGAAGAAGUGGCAUGGAGGUCAUGUCCAAUGGAAGUCGAGAAAGGAAAUACAAAACCGGCAAAAAUGAUGCAGGCCCACAUUGUGUAGAAAACGCAGAUGGGAUGUAUGGUGAUCUGAUCGGGGCAACUGGAGUGACCAAUGAUAUUAAUUCUUUGGGUUGUGACCCUCUGGAUAUGAAUCAGGAUACAUUGACAGAUUCCAGGGCAAUUAGAGAAACAGAAAUUAGGUUUUUAAACAAUAAUUUAUCGACUUACGAUGAUGUCAGGUGGGGUCAGUCUGUGAAUCCAACCAAUCAGAAUCAUUUAACUCAUGUGAGUGUGACCGUCCCGAGAGCUCGCGACUCCUACCACCACGAGCGAUACCCAGUUAGAGCUACGCAUUCAAACCAGGCAGAGAGAGAAAGGAAAUGGGAAGUGGGAUCCACAGAUUCAGCUGCAUCUGAUACAAGUUCGCAGAUUGGUAGAAAAUUGAAAAAGACUUUAAAAGAUUUAGAUUUCGAUGCCUUGUCCAAAAUAAAGGAAAAAAUCCGUAAACAACAACAACGAUCAGCAUCUCCCAAAGAAAAUGUGAACAAUAACGCCGGGGAGGGGGAUGAUGUACCCGAGGGUGAGAUGAAUCCAAUGAACGGCCCCCACCACCAUAUACACAACGAGUACGAGCCCAUACUCAGUCGAGCUUCCUAUGACCUCCCGCCUCCAGAUGGCGCCGACAGUCAAAAACGUGUGCGAAAAGUAGCUGCUGCUCCCACUGUCCCUUCUUAUAAAGGCUUCAGUGAAGCAGAGGUGAGAUACAAAUAUGCUGAUUUCAAACAACCCAAAGUCAUGGACUGGAGGAAAAGGGAAAAGAAAAAGAAGGCAGCUUUAAAGUUGCAAGAAAAGAAAAUAGAGCAGGCAACAAAAGAAGCUGUCCCAGAGGAAUCCAAACCAAAGCCAAAGAAACUGACGAGAAUUGUUGCCAGUGGCAACAAAAAGCCUGAGAAGCAAUCAAAGAAAGAUAUUAUAACAACCUCGUCCUGGCGGGCCGGACAAGAGCUCAUUUUGCGAGAACUAGGACCAGCCAAAACUCGGCGGACGUCGCAGACAAGUGAAGCAUCUGUUGAUGUUCGACCCCCAGCCACUGGAGCCAGUAACCAUGACAAUGAGAUGGACAGGCGGGAGGAAGUCACCGAGACCAAAUCUGCAACUGCCAUUGAACUGGAACGAGCUAAGGCCCUGUCUGAGGAGGCUCGCAAAGUCCUCUCUGACCUCAAUAUGGGUUCAGAAAAUGAGGAUGAGGAACGAAGGGGCAAAGAGAAUGAUGAAAAUAUUGUGAAGCGACGGAGAUCCUCCAAGAGAAAGGCCAGUAAAACAUCAGAACCAGAAAAACAACUGAGUGCAAAACAGCGGCAUUAUGACCAAGAGGAGGUUCGGCGGUUCAUGCAGAAACAGAAGGCAGACAGAAUGAAGCAACAGCGGGAGGAAGAGAGGAGGAAACAGAGAGCACAGGAGAUGAGGAGUCAGCAGUUAGAGGAGCUGAGGUCCAAGCAGAAACAGACGGCUCAGGGCCCAAAGCGGUCGUCCAAGUCUGCAGGUGCCCGGGGGAAGGGAAAGACUCAUGAUGAGACUUUCACCCACUCGCCGUUAGCCUACAAAGAUCUGCCACGACAUCAUCCAUUCCAUGAAGAUCUUCAGUCUGGGUCAAUGGCAACUACGGAUUCAGAAAGAGAAAGGCAUGUUGGGAUACCUCCAAGAGACGAGGAGGAGAUGGAGAUGUCAGAUGACAGCUCUACACUGACCGGGGAAUCCCUGGAGGCUGUCACCCCCACCAUCACCCCCAGGGUUGACCUUGAUGAUGCCAAACCAAAACCAAAGAACAGUGGCCAGGAUAGAAAUAGUGUUCAAGAUGGAAAUUUAAACAGUGCUAAUGUGAAAACACUUGGUGGAUUAACGUUUAACGUGGAUGGAGUUCUGAGUAAAUUCUCGGAGGCUCUCCAUAGUCGCGGAAAUGAUAUUAAUUCUGGAUACGGAGGGUCCGGGUCAUCCACAGGAAGUCAGGAGCGCCCCCACGUGUACGGGAGCGAGGAUCCGAACACCAGGAGUAAGGCUGAUCGGAUACAGGCCAUUAUGAACACUGCAGCCACAUUGCAGCAGAAGAUCCAGGCAGAGACGUCUAAAAUCACAGGGGAGAAACCCGAGUUGUACAAUAGGCGGGCGUUGUCAGAGUCAGAAGAAGAGGGAGAUUAUGUAACGCGCUAUGACAGAAUCACCGGUGCUCAACAGGACUUCUCUGUAUUCUCCUCCAAUCUGCCAGGCCAGCAAAGGAUAUCGAGAGACGCAGGGCUAAACGAGGAGACGACAGUGGAAUCUGCUGCCAUUCGUAUCCAGGCGGCGUACCGCGGACACACGGUCCGACAAAGUCUGCACUGGAGGCUGCCAUCAGGGGACACCGUCCAAACUAGUCACAGACGGGGCCUGCAGGAGGAGGAGGACACUCUGACGGAGACGGACACGAUCUCUGUGACGGUCACCGAUGAACUGGAGGAAGUGUCCCUUACGCAGCGCAAGGUUGGAUCUGGCCUACAAGAUAGGGAUUUCCAUGCUGGCAGCAGAGGUGUUCCCCAGAGCGAUGACUUUGUGAUCCCCCGCCCUACUCAUCCCCCCUCCCAGUCCAACAGAUACUCCUCCUGGGACAGCCCCUCCCCAGACCCCUACAAUGUACUCAGCAUAUUUGCCAGACAUCAAAAGACACAUGCAGGGAGACCUCGCUCAUCUGCUAGUGAGAUGCAAGGACAACAACGAACGGCAGUCAAGGAAGAUUUCCGCGCAGAACCUACUCAUUCCCAGCAUUCCAUUCCUUCCAAAUCGACCAAAGUGACCUCAAAUUUCCGAACUCAGAGUCCCUCCAAUGCUCGUAACUCGACCAGUGUCAAAGGUCAAAGUGCAGCAUCGGCAGGGUCACUCCGAAGUGAAACGUCUCAGCCAGUCUCAGGGAGCCAAAGAAACGUCUACAAGUCUAGGAGUGAUGCCACCCACCCCAAGGUGUCGGGGUACAGCGUGACAACAGCCGACUCCCACGACAGUGAUGAGGACACCAUAGAGGGUGACUCCUACUCACAGUCGUUUGACAGUGAUGAAGAGAAACACUCAGGAAAAGUCAGUAAGCUUGUUUCGGAGAAAUCUUCCAUGAAGUCUGGGUUCAGACCUGUGGGGGGUAGUCAUCAGGCCAGUCUGAACCAGAGGGAGGAGGUGUCCAUUGAUGAGGAAAGUCCAAGUAUGUCACUGGGCCGAGUUUCUCCCCCAGGGGAUGAUUCCGAGUCCAGGAAAACCCCUCCUCGGCUGUCUCCGAACUCGCUGGAGCGUAAGUUUUACCUGGAGCUGAAUCAGCUAGAGAGCAUGGAGGAGUCGAUGAGACAGCUGACGGGGAUGGAGAGGACCCGGGCUGUGUCCAUGGCCCAGCAGGAGUCCGUCUCACUGGCCCAGAUGCUCAAGGCUAGACAAGAGGCUCAUGAGAAAGACAUGAUGCUGCUAUCGAACAAGGCCCAGCUCGAGGCCAUGGAGGCCAUGUCAGGGCUAGAGACCGCUCGACUGCGAGGCACUGCUGCCUCCCAGGGGGCUGAGGAGGUCCUGUCCAGGCUGUCACGCCCCAUGGAGAGUAGCGAUAACAUCAGGCCAAGGAAAGGCAGCAAACAGAGUGUGUCUCAUGCCCCUGAGUCUACUCGCUCAGCGAGUCGGUCCUAUACACAGCUUACCACUCGCUCUACACCUGACACAUCAACCAGGAGUCAAAGUUCUGUAGACGAGGUGAAGACAGCUAGUGACACCCAGCGAGGAGCUGACAGUGACUCCUCCAUCCCGUCCCUCAGUAAGGCUGAGGGCAGGGACGACAGCAUGAAGGAGGACAGCAUCAGUGAGGAACUGGAGGACUACACGCUGGACGAAACAAUGACCGAGGACGAGAUGGAGCGCAGCUUCCGCUCGAUUCUUCCCUCGGAGAGCCAUCGCAAACGUGCCAAAAAACAGUUGGAUAAUGUGUCCGUCACUUCUGACGAGGGCAGUGUGUCAGCUCCAGCAACUCCACGGUACUCAAUGGAUGACCUGGGCUCGUUUAUUGGGGAAGACUCUUUCAACAAAUUCACUGAAGAGAUGGUCAAACAGUUUAUGAGGGAGGAGGAACUACGGGCUCAGCAUCAGUCAUCUUUACUGAAACUUCGAGAGAAAGCAUUAAUGGAAAAAACGAAAGCAGAGUUGUCUUGGCUGGAACAACAAAAACAACGAAUCCGCAACAAAGGAAAAGAUGACAAUUAUCCACAAAUAAACAAACGACAACGGGGACUCAAAAUGAGGCUCCAGGAACAACAGGCGGAGAUCAAACGUCUUCAAGAACAGAAUGAGGCAGCAUCCAGAGAGAGACAGUUGAUUCUCCAACAGCACGAGGAAAUCAGUCGACUCCGAAAUCAGACGCAAAAGACCAAGACAAAGAUUGGAGGGAGGCUAGGUCGACCAUCAGAAGUACAUACUGAGGAUGAAGUCAGUGUUUUUGAUGAACAUUCUGAUGCAGCUGCAGAAACAAAAUUAAAGAAAGAUUACAAGUCUGAUUCAGAGAUCUACACAGAGCCAAAGUCUGUCGGCAAAAAAGGGAAGGCUGAAGGCAAGGCGAUGGAGAAGAUGAAGAAGAUACAUCUGGAUGAAAAGUAUCUGACUGUUCGCGAGCAGAGACUCCAUGACAGAAGAAGAAAUGUGGAAGAUCUUCUGAAGUGGAAGAGAAGGCUGGAUGAGGAAGAAGAGAAGAUUUACAAGAUGGAGCAGACGGCACUAAAGAUCUGGGAUGGUGAUAAGAAAGACAAGGAUGUCAAGGGCAGUGAAAAACAGAAAGACAAUUUGAAACCGCCAGUCCGAAAAGACAAAAAGGACACACAAACUUAUUCUUCAAUACAAGAAGACAGUUUUGUUUCGGAAGCCAUCUCCACGGCCAAAGAUGAUUCCAUCAAGAAGUCAGUGACAGAAACGCCCCAAACGGAGCUGGUUAUCAGUGCAGAGAGUUCACCGGAAGAGGUGAAGGGAGUGUCAGCAGAGCGGGCGGCCAAGUACAAGACAUCUCUGGGGAGAAGCGCGAGUGAGAGCUCUAUCCCUGAGGAGGUCCUGUCCCAGUCCAGCAUAGAGGAAGCUACUGUCACCCCCAACAGAAAGAUUAAAUCAUCAGUUAUUGAGUCUUCGGCACUAAAUGACAGUUAUGGUGACAAUACAUUUGUUGAUGAGUCCACAAUGGCCACCAGCCGCGAUAAAGUUAGCAAAAAAUCCCCUCGAUCUCCUCUAGAAAAGCUCAACAAACAAAAAAUCAACAUCCCACUCGCAGGAAGAGACUUCAAAACUCGUCGACAUGGCAACAGAGGUCGAAGUUCAGAAAGUGAAUCUGAAGAGUCCAUAUCACACACAGAUGUUUCUACCUACACUGAGACACAGUCUGAUCUGAGUGAUUUUGAAGGGCGUGUGAGAGCCCUGACUGAGGAACUGAAGCGAAGAAAGAUCCAGGCUGACAAGUUGAAGAAAGAGAGGAAAAAGAGGAGGAAAGACAUCCUGAAAAACAAGGAAGAGGCCCUUAAAAAGCAGAUAGAGGCAUUGGAUAACCAGAUUGAUCAGCUGAAGUCUGAGAUCCACAACACGACAGAGCGAGAACCGUCCAAGGUUAGGCCCCAGAUCCUGAAGCCCAGCGUUAGUCCCGCCAAAAAGUUACCAGAGGCCACCACCCCCAAAGUGGUCAGCAACGACGACAGUGGGACAGAUUCCACCCAGAGUUCCCCCUCUGUCAUUGAGGAUAAAGACUCCAAACCAAACUCCCCUGUAUCCAAGUCCACCCCAGUGUCUAGUCGCAUUCCUGCUCCACUGGACAAGAUAUCAGAGGGAAGUGAAAGUUCCAGAUCUGCAAGAAGGAAGGAUGACAGUUCAGUGACAGAGGAAAUAGAAACCGCAGCUGAUGACAGUAGUGUGUCAGGUGUCCUCAAAAUCCCGAAAUCACCUGUCAGUGAAAAGCAGACUACAUAUAAGGACGAUGAUUCCUACUCCAUGGACUUUGAGAGGACUCCUAGUCUUGCUGGGCCUCCUUCGGAGAGACCCCCAGUCAGUGCCAGAAGUACAGAGGUCAGCCAUCUUAAGUCUGGAUUCAAUGACCAAAUUUCUGAAGCUAUAUCAGCCGUAUGCAGUGAACACAUUGAUGAUUCUGUCAGAUCUGAAAGUUUUGUUAAACCUCUGGACUUGAAAAAUGACCUUGAUGAGCCUAUUUCACCCCAAUCAUCCCGGCCUUCCAGUGAAAAGAGUGAGCAAUCCUAUACAGGGCGUUCCACAGACUUGGAGUCUGCGUCUGAAUCUGAGCAGUUUUCUGCUGCCCCAUCAGAUCAGCCAGAGCGACUGAUGAGAGAGGAGAGUGUGAUUGACAGUAUCACUGAUGCAGCACAGAAUACAGAGGACGAAUCGGAACAAUACCCAGUGUUCCAAACCACAGCCAAGCCUCAGGAAGAGGAAGAUGAAACACCCAUUAACUCCCCCAGGGAUAGCUCUGAUUUCUCUCAGAUUGAUGACCCUAUGGCAGACUUUCAACUGGGGGAUCGUGUUUCUGUCACAACCGGUGAUAGGAAGCGAAGAAGAGGACAACUUCUGUUUAAAGGAAAGGUUCAUUUCGCUCCUGGAGUAUGGGCUGGUGUUGAGCUGGAACAGCCGGAAGGUAAAACUGAUGGUACAGAAGACGACAAGCAGUACUUCAGCUGUCAACCGGGAUUCGGCAUCUUUGUGCCUGGGAAUGACCUGAUGCCGGCUCCUACCCCCACCCCCAGGAGUAUCAGUCAUCUGAGUGCCGGCAGUGUUACUGAUGAGUCUGAAGAAGAACCAGAGGUGGCUGAGGAACAGGACUUGAGCAAACUGAUCAGUGAGGCUGACCAAAAUGUCAGGGAGUUCGAAGAGAAAGCAGAGAAGCAGGACAAACUAGCAGACGUGAUCACGGAUCAGAUCCUGGAGAAAGUGGUCAGUGACGAGGUUAAUGUUAUAAACGAAAUCUCCGACAAGAAAGUUCCCCCUCCAGUGGCUCCUAAGCCAAAAAAGCCUGCAACAGAGGCUGUUCAAGAGGACAAGGAAAACCAAGUUUUGAUGAAUGGACACUUGUCUCCCCCAGAAUCUGACAGUGGUAAGAACUCGCCUCUCCAGAAGAAAAUAGAUGCAUCUAACAAAGUGGUGGACAAUCUUCUAGAUGAUGCGUUGACCAAAAUGUUGAAAAUCAACAAGAAAAAGAGAAACCUAAAUAACAAUCUAAAGGUUACACCAGACUUGGUGGAUCUUUCCGUUUCCCCAACAAAAGAGCUGAUGGAUGUUCUAGGCCGUGAAGAUGAGGAGGAAGAAGAGGAGGACCAGAGCAAUGUGCCCCCCAGACCCAGCUCACCGAUGCCAGGCAGCUCUCCAAAGAAUAGUCGGUUGAAGGCAUUGGAUGAUGACAUCAAUGCCUUGUUUGACAAUGAUUUCGAGGAGGAUGAGAUGUUCACUGGACUUACCCCAACAAAGGAUCCCCCUCCUUACCCCGGGACCCCAGAACCUAAGAUGGAUAUGAAAAAGUUGGCUGAUGAAAUGAGAAUAGCAGUUCCUCAUUGUAGUGACCAAGUCAGGAGGAUUGUUGCAAGUGCUGUUGAAAUUCAUUUCCAGCAUCGUACAAAUGGGGAAUCUAUCAACGGACUUGAGCCUCCGGAGUCCUAUUUCACACAGGAAGAAUUGGAAGAGGAAGGACUGGAGAACAGCAGUCGGCGUGUGUACAAGAAACUGUUGUUUGAUCUGACAGGUGAACUAUUGAAGGAGAUAUACAAAAAUGAACUCAAAGAGGACCCACCACCCUGGCAAAAGCCCAAACAACGACGUCAGAAAUAUUUCCGUGGUGCUUCUCCACCAAAGGGGGUGGAUACAUUAACGCCAAUUGUUCAAGAGGCGGUCAUAGACAUGUUAGGUUUGAAUGGUUCACGCAAACUGGAUCGAAAUAAGUGGAAUGUUCGUAAGAAGAAAGAUCAUGUGGACAAUAUUCUAGUUCAGGAGUUGCGUGAAGAGGAACCUGAGUGGGUGAAUUACGACAAUGAUGAGAUCGCUGUCAAAAUGCAACUGACUGACAACAUUUUUGAGACGCUGUUGACAGACACUGUGCAUGUUAUGAGUAAGAUCUACCAGAAAAGAAAAAUGGCUGUGAAUAAUUGACUAUAUGGCUACAAAAGUGUUUGAAUGUAGAACUUUACAAUGAGACGUCUGAUUGCCAAGAACUCCGUGCUACUAAAUGGCAAACAUAAUGGAGACGA